AUAUUAUUAAAUAUUAUAUAAAAAUUAAAAUAAUUAUAUAAAGUUUGGUAUUUAAAAUUUUUUAAAAACAUUUUUGAAAUUUAAAUUUGUGAUGCUGGUGAAUAAAUUAAUUUAUAAAAAAAAAUUAUUGUCUCGCUUAUUUUAUUUUUGACGUACUCGCUUUGUCAAUAUUUACGUAUACAAAACUAUAUUUUUAUAUAUUUAUAUAAAUUUAUUAUUUACAUAUUUUUAAUAAUUAAAAUAAUUAUAUAUUUAUCUUUAAAAUACUCAAAAAAAAAGAUUCUAUUUAAAUGAACCAUGACCUGGAAUCCAAGAAAAAAAAAUUAUUUGAAUCAAAAACCAUCUGCAGCACCGCCAUUGUUAUCAGUAGCCGAAGAUCGUGAUCUAAAUCUUGCAGUUCAACGUUUAAUGCACGUGGAAGGAACGAUCCGUAAGUUAACCAAAGAAACAAAACGAUAUCUCGAAGCGAUUUCAAACCUCGACCGUGCCGAUCAGCGACUCACUGCGAAUCUCAGUACCUGUGAACUGGCCCACAUUGAUGAUGAAUUUCGUCGUAUAGCCGAGGAAUAUUUAACCAUAACAACUCAAGUGGGUAAAACAGUCCAAGACCUGACUCUUUUGUCCCAGAAGACCUUCAUAGAGCCUUUGAAAAAAUUGCGCGAAGAAUUUUCGCUGAUCGCCGAGGCUCUUGCCAAGCGCGAGGAAUUAGUGACCUCCUGGAAAACGGCCCACAAUCGCUACAAAAAACUCCAAGAAAAAAAGGACAAGACCGCGAGUCAUGUCGUAAAAUUAGAACGGGAGAAACGGGCCGAGGAAUUAGCAGCCAAGGAACUGAAGUCAAUUCAUUCCCGUUUGUUGUUGGAGCUGCCCUGGUUCUUGGAGAAAAGACUUGAGUACAUAAAACCAUCGAUUAAUGCAUUAAUUAUGAUACAGUUGGAUUAUUAUGGCAAUACCAUGCAGUUGUUCAAUCAACUAAUGCCAUCUUCUGGUGGCUACACUUCUGAUGACGAAGAUACGAUCGUUAAUGAGCAAUUUAAUCGCAUCAAAAGUUUAACGAUCGUCAAAGAUCAUUAGGAAGACAAUUAUUAAUUAUUUUGCCUCUGAUAGCCAAGUUGACGUCAAUUAGCGGCCGCAACUUAUCGUCCAUUUGAGCGCCUGAUUGAAACUUGAGAAUCGGCGAUACUAAUAGAAUUUCGAAUUUUAGAUUUCUAAUUACGCUUUAAAUAUUUUUGAGAUGCGAACAAUGAAAAUCUUCCGAGGAAAUUCGUCUUAUGCAUUUUGUCCAGAACUUUGCACAGAAAAAUGAUUUUUUGGAUAAAAAAAUAUUUCGUACAAUAAAUUGAAGACAAAAAUUUCAUUUCUGUAUCAAUUUGACAAGUUGCAGCAGUAAAUUGACGCCAAUUUUUCGGAAAAGUUUAAGUCAAAUUGUAGCCAACAAGGUAUGGAAUUGCUGUCAAGUUGAUGGCAACUGACAUCAACUUUUUAAACGUGUACUUGGCGCGAGACGCGACCGUGCCUCCGGAUUUAAAAAAAUGAUUUAAAAUAAUUUAUUAACAAUCCAUUUAAAAGUUAUAUACAUUUAAAUUCUUCAUUAAAUAUAAUUUGUAAUCAAUAAAAUACAAUUAUCUCAAAAAUGAU